UUUUUUUUUUUUUAGCUAGGUUAUCUUUGGUUGUUUGCUUCUUUUUUUUACGUGAUUCACAAAACAGGAAUGUCGGCAUUACCCUGCCACUUCCAGUUUCCUGUUCCCGGAUCUGGAUCUGUUCCCCUUUCCGCCCUGAGGCUCUGCUAUAACUGGGCAGGAACUGCUGGAUCACAGAUUAACCCGUUGCUUUUGUUCGUGCAUUUUCACUUUCACUUGAGAAUUAAUGUGAUUGUUGAUGCGUUUAGUGUGUGUGCUUGUUUGUGGCUGUGUGUGUGUGUGUGUGUGUGUGUGUGUGUGUGUGUGUGUGUGUGUGUGUGUGUGUGUGUGUGUGUGUGUGUGUGUGUGUGUGUGUGUGUGUGUGUGUGUGUGUGUGUGUGCACGCGUGCGUGUGUGUGUGUGUGCGCGCCAAGCAUGCUGAGGGGCUGGGAAGACAGCCAGAGUUACCUGUCGGACCACCCUCACCUGGUGUGAAUGGAGACCGCCACUCAGCAGGUGACCAUGUGAUUAAACUAACAGGUGGAUGAGGGAACAGCACAAACAGGAGGCCAUGUUCCUCCUGGCGCUGUAUUGAUCCUGGGCUCUGGACCGCUGGCCUGGGAAGGGCCAGGGAUGAAGAAAAAGGGUGUGUUGCGUGCUCUGCUUGACCCUGGUCCGGAGACAUCUUGGCCAGUGUCUGUGUGUCUGCCUGCACGCCUGUCACAGCUCGGAUGGGAAUCGGGCCCGGGGCCAACCGAAAUACGGAUCUAUGAUUUCAGCCGGGGGUUUUCAGAAGAGGACGAUGACUCUGACACAAAACUAUGAAAUCGUUCCUGUGGGGGGAUCUGGAUCAGAACUGCUCACCUGAUUGUGGGAAACUGAACUGAGGCAUAAUGGAGCGUUUCCACCAUUCCCAUCACCACGGUGCGAUCCCGAGGUGCCAGCCUUUCCUUGCGUCCGUUCCCGGGUUAACCCGUGGGAGCUUUCCCAUGAAUUAACGUCUACAUCCCUCCAUGGAAUACGUUGUUUUGGACAGCAUGACCUUCGACUGCUACAAACCGUUGUCUAAACCGGCCAAAUCACGACAAAAAGGAGGACCCUCGGGAAGAGGUUUUGGCCAUUAAGUGGUGAGAAAAAGACCCCCCUCGUGAAAUGUGAAUGUGUUCCUCCACGCGAAUUCCAAUAGGUGGUUAAAACGAGCCGGCUAGCUGAGAGUCAGGGGGUCCACAAUCGCCCCGUUAGCCCCCCUUUGGGCAGGAUUACGUACGGUUCGGAGGGAUUUGAACAUUUCGGGAGGACCUUGUGGAACACUGGCCGAGUCGGAGCGAAUGGGGGCCGGUUAGGACCCGGUCUGCCCCCGGUUUGACCUUGCAGUGACAUUUGACCUCCGGUCCUGGCGCUCCACCUGCUCUGCUGCCUGGGUUCUGGAACGCUCCGCCCUGGGGCCCAGAACGAGCCAAUCAGAAUGAAGAAGAGCCGCAGUGUGCUGUCGGUGACGAGGGAAGAGGCCAUCGACCCGGGGUUGAACGGCGGCGGGGAGAAGGCAGAGUCGUCGCGCUACAGCCGCUCCUACACGUCGGGCGCCACCCUGGGUACCGAGCUGCGAAGGGGGAGGAGCCGACGCCUCUCCUCCAGCCUUCAGGUACCGUGCUGGCUCCGCCCACGGGACCGCACCCGCUCGCCCGAAGUCCCGACCAAUGUCUCUCGCCCGACCACCCUCCCUCUCCGCAUCCCGCCACGCAUCUCCAUCACCCAGGCAGACAGCGACGGCUACGAGGUGGAGAAUGGCGUGUCCCCGGCCCACACCCCCCUGGGGCUCCAGAGCCCGGGCCUCACCCUCACCACGCCCUUCCCCUCGGGCCAGCGCCGCGAGUCCUUCCUGUACCGCUCCGACUCCGACUACGACAUGUCCCCGCAGUCGGUGUCGCGCAACUCCCUGGCCAGCGAGGGACACAUCGCAGAGGACUUCAUCGUCACACCCUUCGCUCAAGUGCUGGCAAGUCUGCGUUCGGUGCGCAGCAACUUCACACUCCUGGCCAACGUUUCUACGCCAACAGUCAGAAGGUCCCCGAUGGGCGGGCUGAGUCCGGGGCCCAGAGAGGUCCUGAACGAGCAGCAGUACCAGGAGCUGGCCCUGGACACGCUGGAGGAGCUGGACUGGUGUCUGGACCAGCUGGAGACCAUCCAGACCCACCGCUCCGUCAGCGACAUGGCCUCCAACAAGUUCAAGAGGAUGCUGAACAGGGAGCUGUCCCACUUGUCCGAGAUGAGCCGCUCUGGGAACCAGGUUUCAGAGUACAUCUCCAGCACCUUUCUGGACAAGCAGAACGAGGCAGAGGUCCCCUCCCCUACCCUGAAGGAGAAGCCCAUGAGCUACAUCAGCGGGGUCCGCAAGCUGUCCCACAGCUCCAGCCUGACCAGCAUCACCCUGCCGCGCUUCGGGGUCAACACCGAGCACGAGGACCAGCUCGCCAAGGAGUUGCAGGACUUGGAUAAGUGGACCUUUAACAUCUUCAGAGUGGCAGAGUUCUCCAACAACAGGCCCCUCUGCUGCAUCAUGUACUCCAUCUUUCAGGAGAGAGAGCUGCUGAAGACCUUCCGGAUCCCGGUGGAUACCUUCGUGACCUACAUGAUGACCCUGGAGGACCAUUACCACGGCAACAUGCCAUACCACAACAGCCUGCACGCCGCUGAUGUCACCCAGUCCACGCACGUCCUCCUCUCCACGCCCGCCCUAGACGCGGUCUUCACUGAUCUGGAGGUCCUGGCUGCCCUGUUCGCUGCGGCCAUCCACGACGUAGACCACCCUGGGGUCUCCAACCAGUUCCUCAUCAGCACCAACUCGGAGCUGGCCCUCAUGUACAACGACGAGUCGGUGCUGGAGAACCAUCACCUGGCCGUGGGCUUCAAGCUCCUGCACCAGGACAACUGUGACAUCUUCCAGAACCUCAACAAGCGGCAGCGCCAGAGCCUCCGCAAGCUCGUCAUUGACAUGGUGCUGGCCACAGACAUGUCCAAGCACAUGACCCUGAUGGCUGAUCUGAAGACCAUGGUGGAGACCAAGAAGGUGACCAGCUCUGGGGUGCUGCUGUUGGACCACUACACCGAGCGCAUACAGGUGCUGAGGAACAUGGUGCACUGCGCGGACCUGAGCAACCCCACCAAGCCCCUGCCCAUCUACAGGCAGUGGACGGAGAGGAUCAUGGAGGAGUUCUUCAGACAGGGAGACAAGGAGCGGGAGCGGGGAAUGGAGAUCAGCGCCAUGUGUGACCGACACAACGCCUCUGUCGAGAAGAGCCAGGUGGGUUUCAUCGACUACAUCGUGCACCCCCUGUGGGAGACGUGGGCCGACCUGGUGCACCCCGACGCCCAGGAGCUGCUGGACACCUUGGAGGAGAACCGGCAGUGGUACCAGAGCACCAUGCCCCAGUCGCCCUCCCCUCCGCCGGCAGGGCACCUGCAGACCGACCGCUUCCAGUUCGAACUCACCCUGGAAGACCUGGAGCACAACAACCACAGCCACGUGCACCUGGGCAACGCCGUGGACGCUGAGCGGGCGCCGCGCUGCCACUGCAACGCCAACUGCACCGACGGACCCCUGGACGGCACGGAGGCGCCUAGCAACCACGUCAGUGAGGAGGAGGAGGAGGAGGAGGAGGAGGAAGAGGAGGAGGAGGACAGUCAAAAGGAGGUGCACUACAAUGGCGAGCAGAACGGUUUCAACCAAGAGGAGGACAUGGGAGGCGCGGAGGAGGAACCGGAGAAGGGGGAGGAGGUGGUCGUUGAGAGCGCCAAGGAGGAGGAAGAAGAAGAGGAGGAGGAGGAAGGAGGGGAACCUGAUGCAGAGGAGUGCGGAGCAGAAGAUGAGGACACAGGUGGGAACGAUAGGGCGGAAGAGGAGGAGGAGAAGGAGGAGCCCCUCAACGACGAGGUGGCCAAUGACGAGGAGGAUGGGGGAGAGAUGCCCGAGGAGACGGAGGCGGAGGAGGACCAAGCAGAGGGGGAUGAUGAGCAAAACGAGCAAGAAGGAGGAGAGAUCGAAGGCGAGAGGGAGGAGGAAGAAAAGCUUGAGGGAGACGGCGAAGGUGAAGAGGAGGACAGAGAGGAGGAAAGUGAUCUGGAAAAGGAAGAUAAUCUAGACAAGGAGGAGCUAGAGGAGGAGAGGGAAGAUGAGGAGGAGGAAGACAGGGAAGAUAAUCUAGACAAGGAAGAGAUAAAGGAGGAGAGGGAAGAUGAGGAGGAAGACCGGGAAGAUAAUCUAGACAAGGAAGAGCUAGAGGAGGAGAGGGAAGAUGAGGAGGAGGAAGACAGGGAAGAUAAUCUAGACAAGGACGAGAUAGAGGAGGAGAGGGAAGAUGAGGAGGAGGAAGACAGGGAAGAUUAUCUAGACAAGGACGAGAUAGAGGAGGAGAGGGAAGAUGAGGAGGAGGAAGACAGGGAAGAUUAUCUAGACAAGGAAGAGAUAGAGGAGGAGAUUGAAGAUGAGGAGGGGGAGGACCAUACGGAUCAAGGCAGGGGGGAAGAAGAGGAGGUAGAGGGAGAGGAGGCAGAAGAGGAGCUAGAGGGAGACAUGCUGGAGGAGCAGUUAGGGGACGAUGGCGAGGUUUCAGAGACGGAGGAGCUCUUCCAAAACGAAACCAAGUAA